UGAGAGCUUUUCCCUAUGAAGAGCUUGACCCCACCUACUUCACUUACACCUUGGUCUAUCAAACUAAAUUGUGUAGCUCAGCAAAAGCUUACUGCUCGAGCUCGAGCCGAGUCAGUAUUAUUCGACUUGGUGUAUAAGUUAGCAGGAAUUGAUAUUUUCAAGAUGCCCAACUGCCCGAGAUGUGAGAAACCUGUUUAUUUCGCGGAGAGGAAGACCUCCUUGGGCAAGGACUGGCACUCGGCCUGCCUGCGCUGCGAAAAGUGCAACAAGACCCUGGCCCCGGGGUCGCACGCCGAACACGAGGGCAAGCCCUACUGCCACAACCCCUGCUACUCGUCGCUCUACGGCCCUGGAGGUUUCGGACGUGGCGGCUCUGAGAGCUACGUCUAUAAGAAAUAGAUGGAGUCGCGAGUCGUGGGAGUUUUGUUAAGUUUAAUUGUGCAUUCCGAAGCAUUCCACUUUUAUAAUGUACUGACAGUUGAAUAAAUAUGUUUUGAUAG